UCAUCAUGGGGGGGGGGGGUGUCAUGAUGAGGGAAGAAACAAUUGAGAGUUUUAAUUGGGUAUUCACCGAGUUUAUUAGACUGAUGGGUGGCAGGCCUCCAAAAACAAUACUAACCGAUCAAGCGCGGGCUAUGGAGGUCGCUAUCGAACAAACGAUGCCUAAUACCACACACCGCUGGUGUAAGUGGCAUGUGCUUCGGAAGGCGAAAGAGCACCUCGGGCCGCAUUACACGAAACAGAGUGAUUUUAGGGCGGCGUUGCACAAGGUUGUCAAUGAAAUGCUAACUGUCGAUGAGUUCGAAGCUGCUUGGGCUGAACUGCUUGACAAAUACAAGCUCCACAACAACACCUUCCUGAUCCAGAUUUUCGAGGUUAGGCACAAGUGGGCAAAACCUUAUUUUAGUGGCAAGUUCUGUGCGAAGCAAACCAGUACGCAAAGGAGCGAAAGUGCGAACCAUUUGUUGAAGGGCUACAUUCCCCCGGCUUGCCCCAUGAACCUAUUUGUGAAACAAUACAGCAAGUUGCAGUUCGACCGAGAAGCUGAAGAAGGGUUCCAAGAGAAGAGAACAAGGCCGGGCGGUGUAGUUCUCCGAUACAAUUUCCCUCUGGAAGAGCAUGCGAGCCAGGUGUACACCCGGACGAUGUUUGAGAUGCUUGGUCAGGCUUUGUACCGUGUGGGAAGAUAUGAUGUCGAGGAAGUCGAAUGAGGCACGAGGUACCAUGUGCGGCACAUUGAAGCUGAGAAGUGAGAGAAGUGGUGUCGCGAGAUGCAUGUUGUCGAUCUCCAUGAAGGUGGCGCUCGGUACACAUGCGAAUGCGGCUUGUUUGAGCACAUGGGGAUGCUUUGUUGCCAUGCUAUCAAGGUUAUUGUCGGUGUCAAAACCGGCGAAUCUCGGGUAGGGGGUCCCGAACUGUGCGUCUAGGCCGGAUGGUAACAGGA